AUGACCGAUACCGAGUCCUCGGGCCCUCAACAGGCACCAGUUCCUGCUGCACAAGGUACCCCAGUCGCACUGGCUGCGACGGCCACUUCGCCGCUGGGAGAUUCUGGUGUCGUUCAAGACAACGCCAUGGUGGCCAGUGAUGCUCUCAAAACGGGCAUGGACCAGGGUGCAACCUCGACGCUCCCUAUCCGGCAGGACACCACGACAUCUGGCUUCGACCCGGCGGAUCCGAUGAGCUUCGGACGUCAUCGGCGAGAGAAUAUCAGCACCAAGCAGAUGAAAGUUGAUCAUCCUGAUGGAGACAAGAGAAAGCUCAAGAAGUACUACAGCCGGCAGAAUGAGCUGAUUGACCAGUUCUUGGGAGCCGAGGAUGAGGAGCGCAAUACGCUGGAGGAAGAUGCGCGAUACAAGCCAAAGAUCAAGUUCGCGGUGAACGCAUCGUUCGUCGUCAACUUUUGCCUCUUUGUCAUCCAGAUGUAUGCUGCGAUAUCGACGGGAUCACUCUCGCUUUUUGCAACUGCGGCGGAUGCGUUUAUGGACUUGGUAUCGUCCUUUGUGAUGCUGAUCACAUCCAGACUUGCGGCCCGGCCGAGCAUCUACAAAUAUCCAGUGAUUGAAUCUGCGCGUAACUUGGGUUCGGGAGGAGAACACGAGGCUGAGGGUCUCCAUAUCAUUCCGCUCACCUUUGUUGGUGUUGCCAUUUUUGCCAAGGGCAGCUUGAUGAUCUACUGCCUCUUCUACCGGAGGUUCCCAACAGUGCACGUCUUCUUUGUUGACCAUCGAAACGACAUUGUGGUGAACAUCUUUGGGUUGGUGAUGGCGAUCGUAGGUGACAAGUUUGUGUGGUACCUUGAUCCAAUUGGCGCCAUCCUGAUAGCCCUUUUGAUUCUCUUCUCGUGGGCUUCAAAUGCCUUUGAGCAAGUCUGGCUUCUGGUUGGCAAGUCAGCGCCCAAGGAGUUUAUUGCGAAGCUCAUCUAUAUGACCAUGACACAUGACGACAGGAUUGUCAAGGUCGACACGUGUCGGGCAUACCAUGCUGGUCAGCAUUAUUAUGUUGAGCUGGACAUUGUGAUGGACGAAAACACACCCCUGAGAAUCUCUCAUGAUGUCGGUCAGACGCUCCAACGAAAGCUUGAAGGGUUAGCGCUGGUUGAGCGAGCAUUUGUACAUGUCGACUAUGAGCACGCGCACAACGUCCACGAGGAGCACAAGCCAUUAUAUGAGAAGCCGACACCCAAGAGGAGUCUCAAGGACAUGCUCUUGUUCAGGAAGCCCGCCAUGACACAAGGUGAGGCGAAUGCGUCAAUCGGGCAGUGA